AUCAAAUACCAAGAACAUUUUAACUUAUCUCAUCUAUCCCAUUCAUCUUAUUUCCAAUGCUCUGACCUCCUUUUUGAGAGGAUAGUGACGAAGUUCAUAUAAAGGUACCAAACUCGGGUCCUAUUCUUAGUCACUUCUUUUGUAUGCGUGAUACAAUUAUUUUUGGGAAGACAUAGCCAACAAGAAGGAUAGAGAAUUCCGGAAAUUAUUAAUGAAUAUUUAGCUAUUAUUGGAUAAGACGUCAACUUAAAUAAAUUAUAUAUCUUCUUUAGUGUUAUGUCCCCCAAGAUGAUAAUGAUGUGAUUAUUUUGCGUGUUGGAUUUGCAAGUUCUAUGCUACUCCAAUUAUCUGGAAUUUCUAGUGGAAUGGAAAAUUCAAAGAAGCAGUCUUUCUAUUUUUCUCAUUUGAAAAAUGGAAAAUAUGGGGGUAAUCAUGGAAAAGCUUUCUCCUAUCACAUGGGGAGAAAGGGAAUUAUUCUCAAAACUAUUACCUAGGUUAUCCCUUUCUUUAUCAUGUGGUUUUUCCUUAUUCCAAUUGGCGUCACUAACAAAAUGUACUCCUUUAUUAGGAACUUCUUGAGGUCAAUUUUGAUGCAAUAAAGUCAUUUGCAUUGGUUCAAAUGUGAAGUAUUAUGCUCUCCAAAGAUGUAAAGGAGCUUGAAAAUUUGAAGUUCAAUAGAUUUCAAUAUGGCUCUUUUAUCCAAACAAACGUGAAAAAUACUAAAUGCACCCGAUGCACUAUGGAGAGACUUCUAAAGGGUCUCUACCUCUAUAGAGGAAACUUUAUGACGAUAAAGAAUGAAGCACGCCUUUUUGGAUUUGGGCUAGUGUGUGUGAAUUGUGAUUCUAAGUAAGGUCUUAAAUUGGGGACGAUAAAAGUGGUGGGUUCAUGCAAUUGAUACAUGGAUUGACCAGGAAUUGGGAGUGGGCCUCAGGUUCAUAGAAACUUGGGAUAUUGAUCAUGUCAAGGGUUGUGUUUCUCAACAUGAAUUGGAAUCCAUUCAUAGGAUUCCUUUUUAAGUUGAGGGUUCAAAAGUUUUUUGGGCUUGGAGAUUUACCAAUGAAGGGGAAUUCUCGAUUUAGAUAGCUUUCAAGAGAUAUCCAUAAGGCUAAUUGAUGACUCGAUAUUUGCACAUGUUUUCCCCUUUGUUUCUUAAUCGUUUGAGCUUUAAUUAUCGCGUCUUUGGCCUAUUUUACGCUAGGUUGUGUUCCUUUGUCACAUUUCAGGUCCUAGCACAUAAAGUGAAGCAUAGGCGCAAGUUUCAAGUCAAUCAGAGAUCAAUUGGCGAUUAAGGAGAAGAAACUCGGGCAUGACCUGAAGAAGAAUGGAUUUAUACCUCACUUUAUGGACAAAUAAUCAUGCAAGCUUUUCAUGAAAAUAAAGAGGACAAGACUACGAGCGUCUGGGAUCAAACGGCGACUGAUUCGGAGUCCGGACGAGGGAGAAACGAAGCAUUGAAUAUAGGGGAACAGGUUCGGCAGUAAAAACACGGGCGCGCCGAAAUCAAAACACGGCCGUGUCCAUAUUUAGGCACGACCGUGUUUUGGCCGACGCGCGCGGGCGUGUUUUUAACACGGGGCAAAACACAGGCGGGCAAAACCAAAGCACGGACGUGUCCUCGACCGUGUUUUGCCCAGAAUCGGGUUUUUUAGGCAGAUUGAAGCCAAAGGAAAGGGAGAGCUGGGUUUUGGAUCCAAAACACCCAAGGGACGAACCCUAGAGAGAGAGAGCGACUUGGGAAUAUUCUUGGAGAUAUUUUGGAGGAUUUCUUCGCCAUUGGAGCUCGGGAAUCAAGCUUGGAGAUGGAGAUUGAAGAUCUAGAUCAGAUUUCUGCAGUCUCUCUCUUCUCUAUGGAGUAACUUCCCUUCACUUAGGUUUUGAGGAACCCUAGCUAUGUUUGUUUGAUUGGAUGAUUGUAUGAGUACUCUGACUUGAUAAUCUUGAGUUCAUAUUCAAUCUAUGCAUGUUUUCAUGAUUCAAUUCUGCUUUAGUCGAGAUUAUUGAUUCUGCUUUGAUCCUAUGAGAGUGAAUACCUGAUUAGGUCAAUAGAGCACCAUAGAUUGAUGGUAGUGGAUCAAUUGCUUUAGUCGAGGGUUGAUUCACUGCUUUGUAUCGAUUGAGAACCUCUUUCGAUAGAGGGAAUCUAGUUCAGAACGCCUUGAUCGGUUGUUCUAGAGAAGGAUACGUCCCUCUAGGCAAUUGACUCAAGAGGGCCUUGUUCCUUUAGUCGAGACUCAAGGUCUAGUCAAGGAUUCUCCGCAUUGUGAAUGAAAGUGAAACAAGUUAGAAAUCAUCAAUCGUUAGUCUGGCUAGUGGCUAGGGGGAAUCAUACCUAAGUGAGUUCCCAACCUGUAAUUAGAUUAACUUUAACUGUAGGUUGCUAGAGUAGUUUUAGUUGUUCUAUCUUAAUCUGGUUUGCUAGAGAAUGAACUGAAGCUGAGUAAUAGUAACUCUAGAGACCCGUGGAUUCGAUAUUUAUUACUUGAGCCACUAUAUUGCAGUCCCUUCCAUUGGUUACACUUGGCCAUUGUUAGGUGUUGUGUCGUAGCGAGUCAAGUUUUUUGGCGCCGUUGCCGGGGACUUUCUAGAUUAUUAGGAAAUGCAAAAGUUUGUUACUUUAGCGUUUUUCUUUUCUUUUCUUUUCCACCCUUGCUUUUCACUUGGGUGUUUUUGUUUUUGUUGGUGCAGAUAUGAAUCAUGGAUCCUUAUGGCUUCUCCAACAAUUGGGGGUAUCCACCACCACCCGAGUGGUAUUACCCCGAGACUCCCUAGAGCAAUCAAGGAGGAGAAGACUAUGGAUUCGGGUUCCAGUACCAACCCCCUUACUAAGGAGAACAACCGGACCCCUGGGCAUAUCAAGAACAACCUCAUUACCAAGAUGAAUUUAUCCCACAACCAGAAGGGCCAUCGGCGCUGGAGUUACCCAUGGCGGCCUUCACGGGUCAUUCUGCAGAGCCAUGCUACACUCCACAGCCAGAUCCAAACUAUGAAUUGAGGCUUCUCGUGGAGCAGUAUGCUUGCAAGAUGGACCUCCUUUUCUCAUCUGUUGCUCCUCCUAACUCUUCAUCCCUCCGUGAAUCGGAGGAGACUGUUUCUCACUCAUCAAAGCAACCAGAGCGGGUUGAGCAAGUUUGUGCACAACUUGCUCAAGAUCACCCGUCUGCUACCAUAAUAGAAGAGGAGGAGGAAGAACAAGGCUACAAGGACAUUGUGGAGCAAACAGAGAUUAUCACGGAGAGCUCCCGUGAAGAUCAUGAUCAAGAAUGUCCUGUCGUAGCCGACCACCCCUUCUCACAUCCCACACCGAGCUUUGAAGUGGCGGGCAUGAGUGAGGAGAUGCAAGAAGAUAUCAUGAAAGAAAUUGCUUGGCAACUUGCUCUCCAAUUCGUGCUAGAAGAAGAAGAGCAAGAAAGGGUGCAGAAUGAAGUUGUGGAGGAUGACGAAAGUGAAGCAGGAGGAGUUCUUGAUCAUUUCCCAGGGGUGAUACCACAUGAAGAAGAAAGGGAGGUUGAGGAAGCAAUUGGCGUCCAGCCUGAGGACGGAGUUAAGUGUGGAAGAGGCCUGCACCGGCCAUGAGUUACAUGUAAUAUCCCCACCCAACUUCGAGGAACUGCUUAGCAAGGACCCAUUUGCAGUGUCUCUUUGCCAGACCAAGGCCACAUCGACAUCGGUUCCUCUUUGUGGAAGCGAUGGUGGCCAAUCGAUGCUGUCAUAUCUGGUUUGGGGCAAUGGGACGAGAGAAGAGAAGAAGAGAUCUCGAGGGUGGAGACUUCAUCUGCAUCAAGUGCAUGAGCCUUCAUCACCUGCCACACCACAUGCUCGUGACUUGAGAGUCCACCUCAUUGACGAGAAUCUCAACUUCAAGGAGUUUUUGGGGUGGACCGAAACUUAGGAACUAUCGUCCGGCUCAUGACGUGAAAGAAGCGCUUGUUGGGAGGCAACCCAACCAGUCGGUUUGCAUUUCUUUCUCUUUUUCUCCUCGGUUGAGUCAGUUUUGUUAUUUGAUUUUAGAGUCAAUAACUCAACCUUUGUGAG